GCGGCAGGAGCCCCGCUAGCACAGGAAGUCGCGCCGCCGAGAGAGGAGGGAGGAGAAAGGAGGCGGAGCUGUGCCGCUCGGCCCGAGUGAUUUUUGGAUUGAAAACAAUGGGUAGAAAAGAUGCCUCUACAUCAAGGACUCCUGUUGACCAGUACAGGAAACAAAUAGGAAAACAAGAUUAUAAGAAAACCAGGCCUAUGUUAAGAGCUACAAGAUUAAAAGCAGAGGCCAAGAAAACUGCACUAGGCGUAAAGGAAGUUGCCCUUGUCCUUGCAGCUAUACUGGUAUUUUUGUUGGCUUUCUAUGCUUUCUUUUAUCUUAACAUUUCCAACGAAGUUGACCUUGAUCUGGAUCCAGAUGAAAACUAGCAGAUGCAAUGAAUCUAUCAUCAAGAUUUCUUCAGCUUCAAUAAGACUUCAUAGGAACACACAGUCCCUUCACUGUGAGACAGUAAAUAAUGCCAUUUCUUGCAGUCCAAACUCAUAAGAAAGUUUUGCAAUACAUCAGUCAGUUUUACAUUCCAGAUCUCCAAAAUAAGAACACUUAUGCCUGGCCAAGUGUAUUUGAUUAACACCAAGGCCAGGACCAACAGUACAAUACAUGAAAUUUAUUGUUUACAUUAUUUUUGUCUCAGGCAGAGAACUUUGAUGUCAAAAGACAGGUGCUAUUACUAUUGUGGGUAUUGAUGCUGACUUCACAGAAGUGUCUGCCUUGACCAACCUGAGGAAUCAAAGCUUCCUAAUAACCAAAUUAGUUUGCUUUUCCAAAAGAAAGCAGAAAUACCAAAUAAAAAAUCUUUUCUUUAAAAUAUAUCAAACUCCCCUCAUCCUCCCUCUCCCUUUUAAUCUUUCUUGGGCAUGUGUGUACACGCACAUGCAUGAAGAUGGAAGAAAUUGUAGGGGGAAAAAAAUCCUUUUAGGAGCAGUCUGUCACCUUCUAUAUGGACUUAAUUUUAUGUAAUCCCAGAUUCUGUGUGCCCAUAUAUCUGCAGUAAUCUUUUUCAUUCUUUUGCCAACUGUUUGGCACACAUGUGUUCUGUUAGAAAUGGCACCUGGAUGACAGAAGCUCUAACAUUCACAUAUGCUUCUGAAACACAGUUCUUUGCCUCCUGUGCUGUCUGAACUAGUGUAAAUAGCAAGUUCAGUUGAUGUUGGUUUUAAUUAGUAUAUUGGUCUAUUAUUAAUAUAAAGUCAAAAUUGUAUUUUAAUUAUACUCUUCCUGAUGGUUGUAGUAUCAAUUUGCUCUACCUGUUGGGGCAUGUUGUAAAAAAACAUUCUUUUCCAGAUAUACAAUCAUUUUAAUCAUCUAAUUAAUGUGAGAAGUUGUACAUAAUAAGAAAGCACUUUUUUUUCCAGGUGUACUAAUAAUUGGGUAAAUCUUGGCUCCAUGACAUGCCUUGGUUCUUGCAAAGUACCUUUCAUAUUCGCCUUUCAUAUGCACUGUAGAUAACAUUUCUGAUCCCUUUGAUAGCCACAAGUCGCUUGAAGGAGUUGGUAUGUCAGAGCAGCUGCAGGAAUCUUUAAAAUUCUGGCUUUAUCCUGUUCUGCUUCAAGUUUGGCAUAUAACUAAGCUUGCGGAUGUAAAGGUUCAGCUUUGAUUCCUUUAAACAUGUGGUCAGUCAUUGUCUUGUUCAGAUUCAGUUUGAUAUCAAGAAAAGCUUAGAGCCAUUGGUGCUGAAUGUGACAAGGAAGUUAGGCAGAUUGACUUUCUGAAAAGUUUUCAUAAUUCUUAAGUUUUUUUAGCGAACUAGCUUCACUUUACCUUUGAUACCAAUUUCAGGGCUGAAUGUUAGGUUUAAUUGCAACUGAGGUAUUUACUGUUUUGUUCCUGAGAUGCCUGACUAAGAUUUCUUGUAGUGAUUUUGAAGACAAAGGGAUACAAAUCACAGCAAAUAUUAUAAUGGAAAAUAUAUUUCUUUUAAAUUGACACAGUCCCAUUAUUGCCACUUAAGAAACUUAGAUCAAUACAGUUAAUUUUUAAACCAUACAGUAACUGUGAGCAUAUACAUUAUGAAUCUCUAAGGAUUCACUUCUUAUCUGUCAUACUCCUCAUUCACUUUAUGCAAUGCAAUAUAAUUCCUCUAAAAAUUGAGAGUACAACAGUCUUCCAAGAAGAAUAUGAAAGAGAAACAUGUAUGUGCAAAUAUUUCUCAUUUUCUAAUUAUGACUGUUACAGACACAAAACCCUAACAUGUAUAACAUGUAUAACUUAUAGUCUGCUGCUACUUGCACACAUGACCACAUGCAUAGCAACAUGUUGAAUUUAUGGUGAAACAUUAUCUGACACGUGGCCCAACUUUCAGUGAAGGGAAAAGCGUACCACAAGCUGUCUGCUCAGAUGUGACACGCCUUUCACUUCACCAGUGCCCCACCACAUGUCACAGAAGCUGCAGACCUUUCCUGUUAAUUUGCAUUAGCAAUUUUCUUGUUCUAUAAGAUGCUGGAAGAAUUGCUUUCUUAAUAUCUGCAUAUAGCUCUCUGGGUGAUGUGUGGCCUAAGAUGUGUAGUUACUCUCUUCCCACAGGCUGUCUUGUAACCUGUUCUCUGAAUCGGUUACAACAAGAAGCAAUUCUUACUGUCAAAUUUAUGAAGUUCCUAGAACAGGAAGAUUACAUUUCCCAUAAUUAUGAAUCAGACAAAAACUAAAGCAUGUAUAUAUUGUGAUUCUAGCAACUUCCCUAACGUGUGGCUUAGGAGUCCGUAUUGCCCACAAGUGCCAUAGUUUGCAGUGUGUUUGCUUUGUUUAGAUUAGGUAUUAUCAUUUACAUGAAAGAUCAUAGACUUGUAGAAUGGAUCAUAGCAUCAUAGAAUGGUUUGUCUUGGAAGGACCUUAAAGUUCAUCUAGUUCCAACCCCACUACCAUGGACAGGGACACUUGACCUGACCUAGACCAGGUUGCUCGAAGUCCCAUCCAGCCUAGCCUUGAACUUUUCCAGGGAUGCGGCAUCCACAACUUCUCUGGGCAACCUGUUCCAGUGUCUCACCACCCUCAGAAUAAAGAACUUUUUCCUAAUGUCUAAUCUAAACCUCCUGUCUUUUAGUUUGAAUUGAUUCCUUCUUGUACUGUCACCACAUGCUGUUGUGAAAAGUCCCUCUCCAUCUUUCUUGUAGGCUCCCUUCAUGUACUGGAAGGAUGUUCUCAUGUAACAGGAGUAUUUCUUUUUGCUUAGGUAAACUGGAUAGACUUCAGUGUACAUAGAAGUACAUGGUAAAUAUUGCAGCAAAUACACUUCUUUUCUUAUCAGUACAAUGAUUUCUACUGGGACAUGUGGUUUAAUUUGCUCUUAAUUAUAUCUGAGAUUGAGACAUGCCUCUUGGGGUUCAGGUCGUCUAUCUUUGUAUGAGUUGCUCAGUGUCUAUUUUAUUAAUAAAGGGUUUUUUACUAUUUUGGUUCUCUUAUUAAUGUUGAGCACACUAAAUUAUAUAUAUACAUUUGAAAGGACAUUAAAGCAAUCAAAACAGCACAAUGUUCAAAAGUGAGCAGUGAUAGCAGUUUUAGAAUAUCUGGAUUAUUUUAGGCAGUUCUAGCUCCUAAGCUCAUAUUAAAACUAAAUGUGGCCUUUGAAUACUUAAAAGACAACACAGAGAGCUUCCUUUGGCAGUCUAUCCAAUACCAAUAGAGCAAGGCUCUUUCUCCAGGCAUGGUUUAUCCAUGUAGUUCUAUCCCUUCAGACAAAUUGACUUUAUUAUAAAAGUAAUACUUUUGAACACUUGUUUCAGAGAAGGAUUGCUGAUCAAAUUCUUUACAUGGCAAAUUGCAACAGCAAACCUGGCUUGAUGAGGCAGGUUUUCUCGAGGAUAUUCACCUCUAGGGAAAGGGUAGACAUCAAUAGUGUUGUUGUCCUCUGAUGUGGAGUAAACUGAAUUUCUUUCCAGCAGAGGUUGUGGAGGAGAUGCCUAUACUGAGUCCUUGUGGUGUGGGUGGGAACAGGGCAGAAGCCUCAGUAUAGUAGUUUUACUAGUGCUUCUACUGAACAUUGCCAAGGAAAGGCUUUAGCUCUACUACCUUAGAGUCUAUAAAUAUAUUUUACUGGAAGCUUAGUAGGGAUGUUAAGCAUUUCCCUAGUAGACUCUAGAGAUACAUUUAAACUUUUCUUGAAGAACACUUAAGUUAAAGUUCACUGUUGCAUAUCAUACAGACAUCAUGUGAUUCAGGAUCAGUCAUAGCUCCAUUCAUGCAUCAACCAGCUGUAGCAGGGACAACAUGUAGACUGUGAGGUUGUGCCAGAACACGUAACUGCAGAUAGCCACAACAUGAGGAGUUUGCUCAUCUGUUUGCUUAGGUGUCCUCUGGAGUCCUUGACCUAAAAGUUGUUUUUUUGAAAACAGUUUUUAGACAAUUCUACUAAACUGUCCUAAAGAAAAACUCAGUGAAAGCCCUGCAAAAUUGCUCAUACCAUUUCCAUGAAAAUUGCUACCAAGGCCAGAUUUUGAAUGCUACCCUUUCAAGAAGGAAAAUGUUGCUAGCAGCUCCCAGAAGAGUGAUAACUGAUACGGGAUUUUGCCUGUAAGGCACAACUGAGCCAGUUAGUAAAGGCCAAAUGCAUUUAGGACAGUUCUCUGUAAAGGACCGUACUUGAAAAGCAGAGUAGGCAAGUUAGGGUGCCAACAAACAGGAUACUACAGAUCUUGAUUGCAUUUUAAGUGUUACUUACAGUAGCAUAAUAAUUAGUGGUGCUUAUGACUGAGAAAGUAACAAUAUGGCACAUCAGUAAGACAGCAGAAAUGUGAUGUUGGAACUGCUUCUUAAAAGAUUUUAUAGUGGAUUAUGCCUGUACUUUGGGAAAUGAAGCCAUGAGAUGAAUAAACUGGCAACGAUUGUCUGUGAUCUUAUGCUUACAAUAUUUUUCCCUGAAAGAGCCGAUGGAGAUAUUUUGCAGUACUUUUCCCCAUCAUCCUCUUAAUUUUCUGUAAUGCAUUUUUGUAGGUGUAUUUCUACACUUUCCCAAGAGUGAAAAAAAUAUUUUGCUUGUAGUUCAUCAAUUCAUUUAAUUGACAGAAUCCUCUACUCAUCCUUUUAUUCCCCCUUAAUCACAAUCAAAUUGGUGGGGAGACAGCCAAAAUGUUAGGUACCAGUGUCUCUCAAGCAGAUGUCACACCACUAUUUUUUAGCUCGUUUAAAUGAAUAAACAUGUUAAACUGUGAAGUAUUACAUUUUAGAUUUUUUCAUUAAAAAAAAUGGGACAAUCUGUUUACUGUCCUUAAUUGAGACAACAAUCCUGGCGGUUGCCAGUUUUGGCAGUUGUAAUGAUGAACUAUAAAUAUUGGGACAAAUUAACUAACUGAUGAUUGUGGAGAAUAGUUCAAGUACAAUUCUCAUUCUGAAUGAAUAAUUUUUUCAGUGCUAUAUUUUUUCUAACUUUCAUAAUUGUUAUAUGGGUUUUGCAUGUUCAAACCACAAAUAAGUACCCAAUUAGUCAAUCAAUAGGCUUGAUUAUGUUGUCUUAAGCUUGAUAACUAAAAACAGCAGAUAAAACCUGACCACCCUGGACCACAGUUCGUGCUUUGCCCAAGUUCUCCCUAGCAAGUGUGUGUCCAGAUCAGUUACAAAUGUGAGCUACAAAGAUUUUUAUUUUGCUGAACCAUGGAAAAACUGAGCAACAUACAGAUCUUCGGGACUUUGUCAUUUCACAAAGAGAUUGCAGGAAUUUAAAAGAGCGCAGCCAGAGGAGGUGAGUAUGGAGUUUGGAGUUUGGCGACGAACUGGUGUCAUUCUCCUAUUGCAGUUCCUCCAGAAACAAGAGUGGGAGAAAAUAAAAGUAAAAUGGCCAAUUCUUCCAGGAGACAACCACCUCACAACUCACCAUGUUGUUCAAGAGGUAAUUCUUAUAUCAAAUCAGACCUAUCACAACUACUUAUUUUUCAUAGGACACUGAAAGGGCCAGGAGAUAAAGGUGUCUGGAGCAAAGCAGCUUCUCCUUCAAUCAAUGGUUCAUUUACUUAACUAAGAAAUAAACAGGAUUUGUGGGAUUUACACAAAGCAUGUGAGGUUAAUUGCUGCUGCCUUCAUGUAUAAAAAAGUCACAUUAUGCCAAGUUAGAGUAGCUUUGUGUGUCUGUUACAGAGUUAAAUAUAAAUGUACUGAUACUGAGAAUGUCAGCAUAUCUCUAGAGGCACCUCCUUCUCCUGUCAUACUAUCAGCAAAGAGGAGGGACACGGAGGGAAAUGGCAGGGGAGCCCUUUUGCUGAUUCUGCACUCCUAAAGCAGCACUCCUGCUCUGUGGGGAGCUUCUGGUGUUUAGAGUAGGACUGCAGUCCUGGAUUGCUUUGGAGAGGCUACAAAAAGAAUAGAGCAGACCUUAACCUACAGGGUGAGUCUCCUACCAUCACUGGUGCCUGAUUUGUUACAACAAAUAAAUAGAAGCUGAAGCAUUCAGCCUUUUUACUUUUAUUUAUUUGGUUCUCAGGGAGGUGCCAGAAAAAUUGUCUUUUGUUAUUCUUUUGCAUAGUUGUUUCUGCGUAGUUGUUUCCCUUAUUAUCUGUGGAACUCUUUCCAGUCAAAGAAUGCCGCACUCAUGCCUACUUCUUUUGGUAGUAUCAUGGCUACUGCAUUAUCCUUUUGCAAGGAGAGGCUGGGGAGUGACCUGCUGUCUCCCCUGCUUUUGCAUGGCUGAAACUGAAGAGACCUCAAGUAGCUAUUACUGUGUAAACAGUAAGACUUCCUCUGGUUUGGCAAGGGCAGCAAAUUCUGAAUUCAGGGAAGCUUUAUGUAGCCUUUCCCGCCUGAGGAACCUUCAGAGCAUCAAGCAUGGUGAAAGUCAGGUUUUUGCCUACUUCCCUUUUGAUGACUUCUUUCCUUUUCAUUAAAAAGAUAAGCUAAGGUGCUAUGCUUGUCUACUUAAAGGAGAACUUUUCUAACAACAGUAUCAUGGGGUUUUGCUGCCCUAAAGAGCUUGUGACUGUUCAUUCUUAAAAAGCAGGUGACCAUAUUUGUGUUUUUCUGUUCAUUAAUCAUACCCUUUCUUGAGCUACUUUUCUCAUGCAGUACUUUAUCUGUUCCACUCUACCUCUACAGCUAAACAGAAAAGAGAGUAGAGCAUCUUCUUUAGAUCAUUACCAAAUCCACAAAUUAAUUUAAAUUAGGCAAUGUAUGUGGGGACAUUUUCCCAGUUCACUACAUAGAUUUUUAUUUUGAAGAGCGGCCUGUUCUUGUGAAUUACGUUUGACAGUGCUUGCCCUUAUACCUGAGCACUUGUGAGUUCACAUUAAAGUAAGACAAGGUAUAAACAUGAUUGUGUGACAAGAGAAUAUGUCUGCAUUUUUUAUUUUCUCAUAAACUGGUCAUCAGCUGCUUUUAAUUAACAGAAAAGUGGCCUUUGUUUGUGGGUGGUACAGUUUGGUCAAAUGCAGCUUCUCAUUUGAAAUGUUACAGAAUGAUAAUUACAUCUCCUUGGUUAAGGGCUGCCUCACAAUAGGAAUCCUCAUAGUACACAUGACUUUUUCCAAAGACUGUGAUGCUAAAAUUUGGUAAAUUCCCCACAGAAAUAUGAGAUGUAUGACUCUAAAAAGAGCAAUAAUUUUGAAA